AUGAGUGCUUCCAAGGACCUGUCCAGGGAGACCUCCCUAUAUGAAAAGAGAGUCCAGUGGGCAGACGGUUUUGUCCUGGUCUAUAGCAUCUGUGACAGGGCCAGCUUCAACGCUGUCACCAAGCUGAUCCAGUUCAUCAAGGACAACCUGGGCAUGGACAAGGUGCCCAUUGUGAUUGUGGGCAACAAGGACCUGAAUCACAGACAGACAGUCCUCAGUGAGGAGGGCAGACUGCUAGCCCUCACCACAGCCUGCCAGUUCUAUGAGGUUACAGCUGCUGAGAACUACCACAGCAUCCUCAUGGUAUUUCACAGACUAAUAGACAGGAUACUGGCUUCCAAGUCAUCCAUUAAGAGGCCAGCUGGAAUCAAGGGUAUAGUGAAAAGCAUGUCUGCAGUUUUUACCAGGAAAUGACCAGAUUCGCUGUGAUACUAUGGCACAGAGAGGAAUACAUUAUACAGUGCAUUUGAAAAU